AGCAAAUGGGAGGCGACGCUCCGCGAAGAGGAGACGAUCCAAGCGGCUGCCAUGCCGCUAAAGGAUGUGCCAAGCUGCAUGACUCUUUUUGAUAACUGGGCCAGCUGUUUUGCGCUUGGUCCACAGAUCAAGGCCGUAUACCGAUAUGGUUCGCUGCAGGACUGCAAGGACAAGCUCGACGAUUUCAAGUUCUGCCUCACAAUGAAGGGUCAAAACCCAGAAGAGAGACGUGCAACAUGGAUCCGGAGAAGGGCAGAGAAGUCGGCUGGCAUACGACUGACAGACAGCAGCGAGAAUGUGUGGCGGCUACGAAAAGAUCCC